AUGCUUAUAAGGUUGCUUGCAAUUGCAGUUCUUGCCCGGUUAGCCGUGGCUAAUGUCUGGUUAGCCGGCGUGAAUAUUGCUGGCUUCGAUUUUGGCUGCGGAGAUACUAAUGGAAUUUAUACUGCAUCUGAGGUUACACCGCCACUUCUUUCUCAGGGAGGGGCCGAUGGGGCUGGGCAGAUGAGCCAUUUUACCAGUCAAUAUGGUCUCAAUGUAUAUCGUCUUCCGGUUUGCUGGCAGUACCUGGUCAACAGCAGCCUUGGGGGCACUUUAGAUGCGACCAAUUUCGGUAUUUAUGAUCAGCUGGUACAGUCCUGCUUGGACACGGGCGCCUACUGUGUCAUUGACAUCCACAACUAUGCUCGUUGGAAUGAUCAGAUUGUUGGGCAGUCGAGUGGGGCGGUAACGAGCGACCAAUUAGCUAGCGUGUGGUGGCAGCUGGCAGCAAAAUAUGCAUCAACAUCCAAGGUGAUCUUUGGGGUGAUGAAUGAGCCUCACGAUCUUGAUAUCACAGAAUGGGCGACCAGCGCUCAAGAGGCUGUCACUUCGAUUCGCAAUGCAGGCGCAGGAUCCCAAAUGAUAUUGCUUCCGGGUACCAGCUAUACGUCUGUCGGCGGCUUCAUCUCUGACGGAUCUGCUUCAGCUCUCAGUACCGUGACAAACCCCGAUGGUAGUAUUACAAAUUUAAUCUUUGACGUGCAUCAGUAUCUGGAUUCAGAUGGAAGCGGUACCAGCACUACGUGCACUACCAAUGGAGUCAGCAACCUUGGCACUCUAGCAACUUGGUUGCGAAGCAACGGGCGACAAGCCUUCCUGACCGAAACUGGUGGCGGAAGCACUUCUUCUUGUUACACAGAUCUUUGCGCUGAGUUGAGCUGGAUGAAUAGCAAUGCCGAUGUUUACUUGGGAUGGAUUGGAUGGGCGGCUGGAUCUUUCGCAACCAGUUAUGCUCUGUCUUUGACUCCCACGUAUAUAAAUGGAGUCUGGGCAGACACAGGAAUCUUGACAAGCUGUGUCGCCGGAAUGUUUUGA